AUGUUACUCGCAGCCCGUUUGUUUAUGUUGCGCAUUAUUUUGCAGGUACAUGACGUCGAGUUUGACGACAUUCACAGUGGACGGGACACCGGAGCCGCCGCUCUCACCAGCUGCCCGUCAGAGGAGGAAGACAUGGCCCGUCAAAGUAACACCUGCGCCGGUGGUUUGGCGUUUCUGCUCGUGUUCGUGCUGACUUCACCGUGUGUGCCGGCGGAGGCCUCCGACGAGCAGGCGAAGACGGUGGAGUUCAACGUCAAACCCGGAGGAGUCGUGCACACCUUCUCCGAGGGCAUCGGGGAGUAUGAAUGCUCAUUCACUUACGCCUCACAAGGAGGAACCAAUGAGCAAUGGCUGAUGAGUGUGGGCCUGAGUGAUGACAAUAAAAUGUUUUCCUGCUCCGUGUGGAGGCCUCAGGGGAAGUCGUACCUGUUUUUCACUCAGUUCAAAGCUGAACUGAAGGGAACCAAAAUUGAGUAUGCCAACGCAUAUUCGCAGGCAGCAGCAGGAGGACAGAGUGAUGUGCCUUUGAAGCCAGAAGAAUUCACCAUCGGAGAAUCAACAGUCACCCACAAGGAUGGAAAGUUCAGUGCUCAACUCUCCAAACUGACCGUCAUUGGACGGACGCGACACGACGAGCUGUAACUGGUCAGAAAUCAGACUCUGCGUUGGUCAUGCUUUGACCAAUCAGAGCAUCCCAGUGAGCUCUGACUCCAGCCUCUGCUUUUCCCUCAGUCAUCAAUGAAGGAUGUAUUUCUUCCUGAGUUAAGACCAAAAACUGAAGAAGGAUGAAACGGAUAUUGCUGUGAUAGUACAUUCUGUCGGUACAAUAAUUACAUGGAAUUUUCUUGCCAUAGUGGAUUUAUACUACAUGGGACAAAAGGGGGGGGGGGAAACAGAAAGGGAUCAGUUGAGCGUCCAAAUUUUUGUUGUUCUAGAAAAAAAAACAAAAAAAAAAUCUCUGCCCUGAGAUAAAGUGCUUCCAUAGAUGUGAUUUUUCUUAUGCUCUAAGAUUUACAGAGAAUUCUGUUCUGAUACACUGAGGGAUGAAUGUGAUUGUAUAGAGGAUGUCUGGGGGCUUUGUUGAGUAUAGAUAACAUAUUUAGACUAGGGAUUUAUCCAUCUUAUGUAAUCCCGAGAGAAAAGUGAGUAUUCCCCAGUAUCGUCACUGUGCGCACAUAAACAAUUUCACCAGUCUUGUUCUGCUCUGAGCCGCUGCUGAGAGGAGCGCCUCACUUUGUCUUCAUCUCUCUCUCUGUUUAUCUGUUCCAGAUAAAUGUAAGCACCACAUUUGAUCCACAGCAAUCACCAAUCAGUUCUUUUUGUGCUAAAUCUUUUUGUGUUUUGUUUUUGUUUGUUUUCUUUUUUGCCAGAAGCUACAGUCAUAAUGCAGCAGAUAGUGGAUUUUAAAUGCGUUAAGAGGAUACAUCAGAGGCUGGGGUGUAUUCUUGCUUUUUAGAUCUGAAAUCUAAAACAAUAUCUCUAUAAAGUUCUUCAAAUCUUGAUCAUUCUGCAGUAAAAGAUACAAAUCUUUAACGCUCUAAUUUCUUUUUUCUUUUUACAAUUAUCUACUUUUAGUUUUUCAACAACUUUUGAGUUACAUUGUUAACUGCAGAAUACUGAAAUGUAGGGCAUGCACAGACAUUUGGAUGAUAAGAUGCCAGGCAAAGAGAUGCCAGCAGGUAUCUGAGUCCUUCUUGAACCCUUUACUUUCAUCUUUCAGUGCCACAUGUGUGGAUCAGAGAGGAUAAUGUGCAGGUUUCAGAAGGGCUUCAUUAUUACAGGUUCUCCCCUCCUCGACUCUCCCUGCUCUCUUAUGUUGCGAGAACCUUUAUCUGCCCGUCAUCGAUCCAGCCCUCUCAGAUCCACACAAGUCUCUAGAGGAUGACUUCUGCAGAUUGAUUUCAGAUUUGAGGAUUUUGCCGAUUUGAUUCUGUGGUUGUGUUACCUGUUAUAUCUCUGCCUUGUUUGGCCUGGGUUCAGUUUCUCUCAUCUUUCUGGAGGUGAUCCUGAGGAAUUGAGGAAAUGCUUAGCAGGAGCAUUUCCCCCUUUCCUCUUUUGUCACCACUGAUGUCGAUGCUCCGUCUGGAAAUAAUCACAUCCAGAUCCUGACACGACAAAUUGGGGGGGGGGAGCAAACAAACACGAUGUUACUUAUUUUGUACAUGUUUUCUUUUUCUACUUGUCGAUUGUUCUGAUUCACAGUGAAAUGUGAUGGGCGUCUCAAUAAAGACAUUUUCUGGAGAUAA